AUGAAGCUUUCGACUUAUAUAGGUCAGAUAUGGUAUGACAAUACGAUAGAGGAGGAGUACUAUCGAAAAAUGCGACAGAAGAGCUCGUCCAAUUCAGCUUUUUUUGUGGGGUUGGUUGCAGCAGUCGGUGGAUUCAUGUACGGAUACGAUACUGGACUUAUAAAUGACCUACUAGAGAUGCACUUUGUGUAUACCCAUUUCCCUAGUAAUCAUAUCGGGUUUGCCACACACGAAAGAGCUAUUGUUGUUGCAUCGUUGUCGUUGGGUACGUUUUUUGGCGCUUUGGUGGCACCUUUAAUUUCCGACAAUUAUGGACGCAAGUUUUCCAUUAUUAUUAGUGCUGGCAUAAUUUUUAAUAUUGGAAAUGUCUUGCAAAUCUGCUCAACUGAAAUUGCGUUGUUAAGCGUCGGGAGAUUCGUUCUGGGAAUAUCUGUGGGGAUCUUGUCUGCUAUUGUCCCCUUGUAUCAAGCAGAAGCAUCUCCCAAAUGGGUCAGAGGCUCGGUUGUGUUUACGUAUCAAUGGGCCAUCACUUGGGGGCUUUUAAUCGCCAGUGCUGUCUGUCAAGGAACAAGAAAAAUCACCAACUCGGGGUCGUACAGAAUACCUGUGGGAAUUCAAUUUCUUUGGGCAUUGGUUUUAUCUACUGGUAUGUUGUUUUUACCAGAGAGCCCUCGAUAUUAUGUGCAAAAGGACAAUUUGGAGAAAGCUCUUGAUUCGCUUUGCAAACUACGACGUUUACCGGAAGAUGAUGAGUGUUUGAUUGAAGAGUUGGUCGAGAUAAAGGCAAAUUUUGAUUAUGAACGAUCUUUUGGUAAGACCACAAUUUUAGACUGCUUUAGAAGUGGUGGUGGUAGACAUAAGCAACGGUUGAGGAUGUUUACUGGUAUUGGCGUACAGUUUUUCCAACAGUGCUCAGGCGUCAAUUUUAUUUUCUAUUACGGUGUCAACUUUUUCAAUUCUGCUGGGGUUAAGAACUACUAUAUCAUGUCGUUGAUUACAUACAUUGUCAAUGUUGUUUUCACAGUUCCAGGUAUAAUCUUGAUUGAUACUGUUGGUCGAAGACCGUUGUUAUUUUGGGGUGGUAUUGGUAUGGCAGCAUCUAAUUUUAUCAUUGCCAUAACUGGAGUAAGUGUAAAGGAGGCCCAUGUCAGCGCUAGUUUGUGUGUGUCAUUUUCUUGUGUUUUCAUCUUGUUUUUUGCCAGUACUUGGGGUGGAUGUGCAUGGGCUUUGUGUUCGGACAUUUAUGGUAUUUCCAUCAGACAAAAAGGUGUGGCAUUGACGGCUGCGACAAACUGGUUGGUUAACUUUGUGUUUGCAUACAUUACCCCGUACUUGAUUGAUACUGGCUCGCACACAGUAAGGUUAGGGGGUAAGAUUUUUUUCAUUUGGGGAAGUUUGAAUGCAUUGGGUACGGUAUUUGUUUAUUUUACCGUUUAUGAAACCAAAGGAUUAAAGUUGGAAGAGGUGGAUUACAUGUAUGCUCAUUGUGCCAAUGCAAGAGUUUCGAAAAAGUUUAAAUCGACAAAGAUCAACUAUGCUGAAUUGGAUGGUAAUUAUAAUUUGAUUGAUAAUCCCCAACUCCACCAACCUGCUUCCACGACUUCCAACGAAUUGACUCCAACUGAGAAGGACAACGAUGAGGAUCUUUUGAUACAUCAUGACUUUGACGAUGCAACACUGCAUUUCAAUGCACCACCCAAAUCAAAGCACACAACCACAUCAACACACAGGUACGAAAGGACCCCCUCGUCGUCGAAUGACCUGGAAGAUAGGGUGCAUGGUAUGAAUCAACGCAAACAGUCAAUGGCGUCCAAUGGUAUUUCAUCGAUUUAUUCAACAAAGUCAGGUGCUGCUGCUACUGCUGCUGCUUCUAAUGUCAGUAAUGAUUAUCAAGAAUAUUUGGAAUCGUUAAAACGUGAGUAUUCGCAACACUACUCCAACUCGGCGAAUAUUGUACGUAAAGUCACUUCAUCGAUUCACAACAGCAGUAGUAUAUACAAUGGUUAUAACUCCAGGGACGACGAUCUUGGUUACCUUCCUGGUGAAGGUCAACUGCAGCUUCAGCAACAACAACAACCGCAACCGCAACCGCAGCUGCAACUGCAACUGCAACUUCAUCAUGGCACUUUAAAUUACAGUGGUGAUGUGAAUGAGUUGAAUCGUUUACCAACUACGAUUAUUGCAGCGCCAUUUUUUGAACAACCACCAUCAGAUUCAGACUCAGACUCAGACUCGGAGUCAGACUAG